CAACAACAUACCUUGUCACACCAUCAGCUUCGUAUCUUAUGGUUAGCCUCUUCACUUCAACCUCUAUCGGCCAGACCUUCCAUCUCCCGCCUGCCAUCCCCAGCCGCAGUGUCUUGACCUCCUUCCACCCUGCGUCCUCUCAACCUCCCUCUCGCCAUCGCCAUCGCCUCAUCCUCCUCUCCUGACGGAUUCCCCCACCACCACUUCCUCUCUGUCUGCCACGUUCGUCACUUCUACCGCUCAUCUCCCCCCUCUCAAAUCACCACACCCUCGGUCCAUGGGCUCUAGGGUCUCUCCUUUCCUUCCAAGUCCCAUAUCGCACGACAGUCGGAGUCCAUGACAUCGCCCGGAGAUGCUGCUCCGGUCAAGCCUCCGCCGUCUUUCUCGCCCGGCGUUCCGCGUGUCGCAUCCAAGACGAGAUACCCCAACCAGCGUCGCGACUCAUCCCCGUCGCUAGAUGCCGAUCUGGGCGACUCGAGGCUCAGGUCGUCACCGACCCCUCCCCUUUCGGCGACCACGUCAGACCUCCCGAUCCGGUCCGCCUCCCCCCGUCCACAGUCGUUUCGAUCGUCAACGCCCCAAUUAGCCCGAUCGUCUCUUGGCUCACCCGUGGAAGGCCGCUUUGAGGGCUCCGAAGAAAUCCGCUCGCUGAUCAUUCGUUCCUUUUCCCCCGUCGUCGGCGUCUGCGCAUCCGCCGAUACCGAUGAGUUGGUGCGCCAGAAGGGGUUCGCCGGGGGCUUUUGGGAGUUGAUCCGACCGUUCGGCGAGAAUAUUCCCGGGAAGAUUGUCAUCCGGGAUAGUGUAGGUGCCAGUCGCGGCUGGGAGGACUUUGGGGUUCGCUUUGUGGACUUGGCUGGCAAGACUCCGACCCCUAACGACUCCAGCGCCGGGCGCAGCUCCUCUCUGGCCCAGGUUGAGGACGUAUUGGAUAAGCAGCUGGGCUCAACUGAUGAUCCGCUGGGCGGAUCGUUGCGCCCGAAAGACUUUUUGAGCUUUCCCACCACCUCGCCGUUAUAUAAAGUAUUUCUCCGCCAAUUGCUAUCCAUAUCGUCGGCGACACCGCACGAGACGUUCCGCCACCCGGUGGCCAGUAUCAUCGCCAUCAGCUCGCGCAAUACGGCCCCGCUUGAAACUCUCCGACAGCUGUACGCAGAUACGAACAAUGGGAAUAAGAAGGUGCCGGACUGGGUGCAUCCGGAAUAUCUCCGGUACUAUGUACUGGUGCAUGACGAGGAUCGGGACGACAUUGCAGAAUCGACCAAGCUGUAUGACCAAAUGAAGCGGCACUUCGGGCUACACUGCCAUCUGUUGAGGCUGCGCAGCAAUCAAUGCGUGGUCACCGAUGAUGACAGUGCCCAGGUGCCGGAAUGCGAAUGGCAGUCGCCUGCUGAGCGGCUUUCUGGCCGAAUUGAACCCCUGGUAGACCUGGAUACUAAUGGUCUGCUCUACCUAUUCGAGUCCGAUGUCAUGGCGAUCAAGGCGUUCGUCCGGGAACUGGUCGCACAGUCCGUAAUACCAUACAUGGAAAACCGAGUUGCCGUCUGGAAUGACCAGGUGGCCUCUCGCAGACGUGGCAUCAGCGGAAGAUUCAUGUCGAUGUCGCGCCGAUGGGCCGGGUUCGGGUCUGGUUCGCGCUCCAGUCUCACGGCGGGAGGAGCAAGUGGAAACUACGAUCUCAGCCAUGGCUACUACAAAGCUGACACGCCCGAAGCCGUGCUGCGUAAGAUGGCGGACUUUGCAUUCAUGCUCCGGGACUGGAAACUAUCCGCUUCUACCUACGAACUCCUUCGCUCGGACUACGCAAAUGACAAGGCUUGGCGAUACCAUGCCGGCGCGUACGAGAUGUGCGCGGUAAGCAUGCUCCUAAACCCAUCCGCCAUAGGAACCAAGAUGAAGCUGGACGGGGUCGACCAGAUGUUCGACACCGCCUGUUAUUCGUACCUCACGAGGUGCUCGGAUGCACCCAACGCUCUCCGCUGUCUGACCCUGGCCAUGGAACUGCUGAAAUCGCGCGGGGGCUCGGCAGUGGAGAGCGCGGCUAGAUGGGCCAUGCGGGCCAUGGACCUGGGAUUAGUCGGCCCCAUCGGCCAGGGUCUCUUCAGCGAACGGGUGUCGGCAUGCUAUGCUGCGAGGGCACCCGUGAGCGGGAUGAAAUGGGGCUCGCGCCACAGAAAAGCCGGGAUGUGGAGCGUGUUCGCUGCGGACGCGUGGCUUCGACUCGGAAAGCCGUCGCUGGCCUCCGCCUCCCUCGAGGAGGCCGAGCGUCUAUACGCGGACGUGUUGGACGCCGACGGCUCAUUCCCCAUGCCCGAGAUGCAAACCUUCAUCGACAACCUUCGCCACGCCGUAAAAGUCGAGUACCUCGAAGCCAGAGGGUUGGAUACGAGAGACGAGACGACCACCGCGGAGGCCCUAGGCACGGAGGAAACCAGCGAAAAGCUAGACCGGCGCAGGAAUCGCAAAUCUUUGAUCGCCAACCCGUUGGACCUGGGGGGUCUCGGUCCGGCCCAAGGCCCGAGAGAUAAUGACAACGCUGCCAAUGACGAUUUCGAACGAGCUUAGGGAUGGAUGCCACGAGGGUCGAUGGGGCGCAUGGGACUUUAUACCGUAUUAUAGACUUUGUCAGUUAAUGUUUGAG